AAUACAAGAGAAAACCUUCAUGCUUGUGCUUACCAUCAUUACUACACACUGAACGAUUAAGUACGGUGCCACAGACGUUGGGGAUGGUGUCACAAACAAGGCGACAGCCGCCCUCCCUCGUUCCAGUGUUGCCAGGAGCCGGCCCGGCCCCUCACACCGAGUGCAGCUUCCCCGCAGCUGGGACGCUCUUCUCGCAUUCCCGCAGGCUCUAUGUCAUCCCUGGUGGGGGCCGAGGCGGCGGAGCAGACUCUGCUCGUGGGGAACUUGGAGAGUCGGGUCAGGGAGGAGAUCCUCUAUGAGCUCUUCCUGCAGGCUGGACCAUUAACCAAAGUGAUGAUUUGUGAGGACAAAGAAGGAAAACCUCAGUCUUUUGGAUAUGUCUGCUUUAAACACAAAGUAUCAGUGCCUUAUGCAAAAGCUCUGCUGGAUGGAAUCUGUUUGUAUGGAAGACCAAUUACCGUGCGGUAUUGGAGGGGGAAUUCUCCCUCACCACAACUAGACAGUUGCACAGACGGUUUUGAACACCAUAUUGACUUAGAGUCUCCUGCAGACAGGCAUGAAGAGCUUUCUGGAAAUCAUCCAUUUCCUCUUACUCCUUUGCCAGUGAACAAUAGCUUACUUCAUGAUCACCCUGGCUUUCAAGAGGUGGUCAUGAUGCAUGCAAAAUUAAGUUCUUUAAAAUUUCCUCUUAACAAUAAAACAACUGAAGUUUCUAUUUCUCUAAAUGUACCAUGUUCUGGCAUAGCAGUAUACAGUACAGAGUCCAAUGGGUUAACAAUUUCUUUAUUAGCAGUACCUUCAUACUUAUCCUUUUCUCCCUAUCAGAAUCAAACUGCACAAUUCAAGACUGCGCGGAGUUAUCCUGAAUUUGCCACAUUUAAGUGACUGUGAAGUGCACCAAGCCGGAUGAAAGAAAGAGAAAAUGGCAAAGUCGUGACAAUGACUAGUACUGAGGAGAAUAAAAGGAGACAAAGACAGUGUGGCCAAAACUGGGGGAAAAAAAAAAACCAACAAACCCAAGAAAAAGACAUAUAAAUACUGUAUAUUUUUUAUUAUUAUAUUUGCUUUCAUCUUUGAACUUUAUUAAAGAAGGAAUGUUCAAGAUCCAUAGUAUUUUUGAAAUGCAUUAUGCAUACAAACUUAGAAUAUCCUGAGUCGGAAGG